AAUUUGGUUUUAUUCCUGUCGGGUUUCGUGCAAAUGUUUUAUCACAAUUUAUUAAUGAAAUUGUGAUGAUUACUUGAAAAUUAUGCAUCGGAGUGCUAACACUUGACGUCGACUUGUAUGUACGGAAGUGUUGAUUUAAUGGGAUAUAGAAUAAGUGCCUCACGAUGCCUUGCAUUUUGCUUGGGCAUAACUUUUAUUAUGGGCUGCUAUUUAGCCUCAUUACCGAUACAAUCAGAAAAACAGGCAUUACCUAAACCAAUAAUACAGCAGAUCUCAUCGAAAGUGCCGAAUAAAAAACGUUUAGCAAUACUCGUGCCGUUCAGAGAUCGCUUCGAGGAGCUCUUAGAGUUUGUGCCACACAUGUACGGCUUUUUAAACAAGCAGAAUAUACCGUUUCACAUAUUUGUGGUGCAGCAAAAAGAUAGCAAUCGAUUCAACCGUGCAUCGCUGAUAAAUGUUGGGUUUUUGUACACAAGGAACGAUUACGACUACAUUGCAAUGCAUGACGUGGAUUUACUUCCUGUAAAUGACGACUUGAAGUACGAUUAUCCUGCAUCAGGACCUUUUCACAUCUCGUCUCCGCAAACUCAUCCAAAAUAUCAUUACGAAACAUUCAUUGGUGGGAUAUUGCUAGUCAAAAGAGAGGACUACGAGCUAGUUGACGGAAUGUCAAAUAACUACUGGGGCUGGGGACUGGAAGACGAUGAAUUCUAUGUGCGACUAAAAGACGCACGGUUGAAAGUUACAAGACCAGCUAAUAUUACUACAGGACCAGAAAAUACUUUCAGGCACAUCCAUGACAAAACAUACCGCAGGCGUGACAUGCGGAAGUGUUUCAACCAGCGCGAGGUCACGCGACGCAGAGACCGAUUGACAGGCCUCCACAACGUGCAAUACAAACUGUGGAGCACCCACACGGUCACCAUUGACGAACUUCCCAUCACCGUGUUAAACGUGGAAUUGUUGUGUGAUAAAGCAGCUACACCGUGGUGUCAGUGCCCGGAACCAGUGAAGGUUAAAAAGCCAUAGUAAGGACUCUAAGAAAGUAUGUUGCUUCCCUAAAAAAUUGAUAUUGACUGUGUUAAGACACUUUGUAGCCAAGAAACGAUUGUUUUUUGUAUUAGGCACAACAUAUUAAAUCGAUAUGUUUAAUGACUAAUUCGGACCUGCCACCAAUGGAUGGAUGGUUAAAUUUCAAACAAAAAGACAAUCAACAUCGGUUCAUACGAAACCAUGUCUCUAAAACUUAUAAUACUCUUCUUUUUGUAAGAGUCAAAAGUUAUAAUUUAGUUUCUAAAUUUUAAGUGCCUAUAUUCAGUGGCAUUUGCUCAUACAUUGUAAUAAAUAAUUAAGAUUAUUGUAAUAAUUCUAGUGUCAUUUUGUAAAUAGUAAAAUUGGCUUUACAUUGAGAUUAGAUAUGGAUUAUAAUAAGCCUACUAACUCAUUUUCAAGAGAUUUUAUUUUGGACUCCAAUAUGCAAUACAUAUAAAUGUGCUAAUCUACAAUAUUUUGCGGAUAUUGAUUAUCUAAAUCGCCUAUGCCUAAAAGAUAUUGCCUAUGACUAAAAAAUAGUUACAAGUUGGGGCAUUUUUUGUAAGUCACUCUGAUUCUCUGAACUCUGUCGCUCUGUUUGAGCGAAAACUACUUAGCCCCUCUAUAUGUCAUUUAAACAAACGCCCGUAUUCACAAACAUUACUAUGAGGUCUCACAGUGCGAGUGGACGCACAGGGUGACACACAAACCAAUCACAGAGCUCUAUUCAACGCUGCGCAUUCGAUUUGCUGCUUCACUUAGCAAGCAUCGUUUGUGAAUACGGGUGUUGGCCCCUCUAUACAAAGUAUACUCGUAGCAAAUUCAAUGAGGGCUAUCGUUUUUAUACUUAACAGUUGACACCCCUGGCGAUUGACAGGACCUUACUCUACAGUGGCGCCAUCUUGAUGAGUGCAAAUGCGAUAGUCCUCCUACCACUUUAGCGCUCACAAGUUGGCGCCACUGUCUUCGCUACUAGCAAGUGACAGGACCUUACUCUACAGUGGCGCCAACUGGUGAGCGCUAAAACGAUAGCCCUCAUUGCGUCACAUCACAAGCAUUCGAGAUUAGAAUUGUUUUCUAGACAAAGUUACGUUUUUGACAGUUUUAAUUUCGAGAUCGAUUCGCCCCAAGUUCUUGUAUUUAACUACAUACUUUGCUCUGUGAAGCUAUUUGGAAAUUAAAACUUACAAGUUUCUUUGUGUAAGGGUUGAGAUAACUCCCUCCUCCCUGUAUACAACCCGAUCAAGCUAACUGCGCAUCAGCCGCACACCUCCCCGCGUUCCCGUCCGUACCAGAACGUCGAUGUGACGUCACUGUGGUCAGGUGCGCAGUUAACUUGAUCAGGUUGUAAGAAAAAACUCCUGUGUAAACUUUAGCUUGAUAAUCUGCUACAGUAUAUUUUUAUUACCAGUGAAUCAGUAUGAUUUUUAUACUGUAUUUUUCGCAAAUGACCCUAUUAUAAUAAAUAAUAAUUACCUGCCAUUUCCAAGAACCUGUGUCGCCAUUAUACAGAAAGGAAAGGAAUGUUAAUAAAACAAUUUUUAAAUAAAUAAAUAAUUUAUUAAGCA